AUGAAGAUCAUUUGGGAAAGUGACGACUGGCCUGGUUGUGUUGUUGGUUCUAGCAUUACUUGUUUGAAUUGGAUACCUAACGGCAACAAUGCUAACACUGGCCUCUUGGCUACCGGAUCAGAAUCAGGAGCAGUGGGAGUAACAGCAACAGAAGCUUGCCCAAUACGAGAUGAUAACAAGAGAGUUAACUUUAAUCUUCGCGGUCACCAUACUGCGGUGAAUAUAGUAGCAUGGAACAAGGAGCAGAUGAAAUUAGCGAGCUGCGAUAAUUCGGGAAUAAUUUAUGUUUGGGUACCGAACGAAGAAAGAUGGAGUGUAGAAUUGGUAAACGAUCGUGGUAUUAAGGUUCGCGGUGUAAACUGGAGCCCGAGUGGUUCAUCAGCGCUUAUUUGUUAUGAAGAUAAUUUUGUUUUAAUUGGUUCUGCCACAGGUCAGAGGAUAUGGUCUAGUUCAUUUCCUACUACCGUCACUUGCGGUGUAUGGGCUCCCGAUUCGCGCGAAAUUAUUUUGGGAUUCGACAAUGGCACAUUUCAGGUGUUAAAUGAACAAGGUGCGACAGUUACAGAAAGAAAGAUGUAUGUAAAUGGUAGUAUUCGGUUUUUAGCAGCAUCUUCACGACGUGGGAAUGACAGGUGGACGUUAGCCGUCUGUUCUGUAACGGGUCUUCUUAAUUUCUUGAAUUCUUAUGAUGAGAUUGACAGUGCAAAGUGGCAGUGCAAUGAGGAUCUCUUAAACAUUGAGUGGAAUGCUAAUGGUACACUAUUAGCUGUUGUUUGCAAAGAAAAUCAUUUCUUUAUUAUGACAUAUCAAGGAAACGUUAUCUGUGAUAGCCGAGUUUCGCAACCUUCGGCUACUGCUCUCACUGCGUUUGCAUGGGUUCAUGAUGAUCGCUUUAUUAUUGCUACAUCAGGUAAUCAACUUGCUGUUGGACGGGUUCUACAUGAUGUGCCAUCGUUAUUCAGUUUGGUUGCUUAUAACUUAUGGCAGUUAUUGGGCGCAUCCGCACGACAUAUUGAUAUACUCCCACUACCUACACGCGAGCGAAAUGCUAUUCGUGCGUUGGAUCAUCAUAUAAUACGAUGUCGCAUUCCAUCACAAAAUGAUAUGCUGAUGAAGGUUUGUGAGCCCUCUGACUGGCGAUGGUAUUGUACAAUACGCCCAGUACCAAGUAAAGUUCAUACAUAUGUAUUAUGCAUGGAGCACAUGGCCGGCCUCAUUCCUGUUCUACUUGGCAAGCAGACAAAUAGAAUUAUUCCUCAAUUCCAGAUUUCUUUGUACAAUUCAAAAUUGACACUGGUAAAGUCGGAUAGUGGGAGCUCGGCACAAGUUGAAGAUGUAGGCGCAUUUGCUCGACAGUCUACACAGCGGAAUUCUGUUUGGAGGCGAAGUAAACGGCAAUUAAGAGCUCUUAUGAAUCGUUAUGUUAGCUGUACUGUUAACAGAGAUAGGAGUAAACUAGUUCAGAUUACUUCCAAUGUAUGGUGCACUCGUUUUAAAAUGUUCUCCGCUACAACUAAUAUUCUUCCAACUUUCCUCGCUCAAGUUGUGUACAAAACAUCAGUUCUUCACUUGCAACCUCGUCAAAUGACAGUACAGUUGGCUGAUUUGACCAAAAGGACUGGUAGUUCUCUGUUGAGUUCUCAUUGUGCAACAUAUCGUAACCCGACAAAUGAUGCAUAUUCAAGUGACGACAGUGCCUUUCCAAAUGAUAUUCGCAAUCUCACUAUUGCUCCAAGUGAUCGAGAGAAUCUAAUCGGAAGGCGUGAUGUGACAAGUGACAUAGAAGCUCUGAUUGAUGAGACAGUUAAAGAACCGUUAUCAACUGAAGAAAAACUUCUUUUUCAAAGUAUCUUAUCAGAAUUCAAUGAUCUGAAAGCGGCAGUGGAAAGGCAUAUUGCAAAGAUGAAGUGUUUUGCUAGUGAUCUUGAAAGGUCAUCGCAGAAGUUAAACUCUUUCGGUGGUACCACUAACGUGAUAAGAUAUGUCUCUAAAGUGUCAACAAGGGCAACAACGCUUCCCAAAGAAGUAUGCGUAAUUGGUCCAGGCAUGAAAACGCAUUGUGAUGAACUUACCUGCAUUGAACCUUCAACGUCUAGCAGUCAGUGGUCACAACAAUUCGAUGAUAUUGAGUAUAUUGAUGAAGAUGAUGCUGUUGUAAUAGAUGAUACUACUGAACGCACUCCACUUAUCGAAUGUUUUAAACCCACUGAUGCUUCUCGUAAAGGGAUGAGACAGUUAACUGAUAUAACAUCAGUACUGGAUAAACUGGCAAAAUUAGCGAACGAUUUAACUACUCGCUGUGCGGUGGGGCAAUUAAGUAAUGGCGAGAGCUCAAAUUCGGUGAAUCUACAGUCUUCGUCAUAUUACUGUAUGAGCGAUUCAAUAAAAGAAAGUCAUGCAACAGUAUCCUCUCUGAAAUUGCAGUUGAAGGAUAUUUCAAGGAAAGUUUCACAGAUCGAAAGGAAAAUUAGUUAUGAUGAAUUGCUCGAUGAAGUUUGUGGUGAUUUGCAAGAAAGAAUUCAGCAUAUCAAAGCUGUGCUUGGUGAACAGCCUGCAUUAAGUGGUGAAAAUAUCUCUUUCCUUACCAUGAAUAAUAAAGCACCUUUUUGGAAUGAAGCUAGCCAAGUGUUUCAGCUGGAUUUUGGUGGUCGUGUAACUCAAGAAUCAGCAAAGAAUUUCCAAAUCGAAUAUGAUGAUCAGCAGGUUAUGCAAUUUGGACGCAUAGAAAAUGGCGCAUAUACGCUUGAUUUCCGUUCACCAUUCAGUGCUGUGCAAGCAUUUGCUGUUGCACUUGCAUCUAUUACCCAACGUCUAAAAUAG